AUGUCAAAUAUGGAAGCUAGUCCUACACCCACAAGUUCAACAGAUGAUACACCACAAGUAGUUGGGGAUGGAGCAGCUACACUCCCUUUACGUCCUCCCACUUCGGGAAAGAUCAAGCCUACUAGGAAAGCAUUGGAGGUAUGGAAACAUUUCAUUAAGGAACCAUUUGAACUAGGGAGUAAUAUAGGACCUAGAGCUUCUUGGAAGUAUUGUCGUGCAUCUUAUGCAUGUGAUCCCAUAAAAAAUGGGACAUCUACAAUGAUGCAACAUUUGAGAGAUAAGUGUACGCGGGGGGAGGGGGGGUGUCCAUUAAGAGAGGAGAACAAACAAAAAGUUCUUGUAUUUGAUAACAAAGGAACUGUAGUUGCGCAUUCAAAUAGCACGGAGAGAAGUAGAAUUGCUUGUGUGAAGAUGAUAAUACUUGAUGAGCUUCCAUUUAGGCAUGUGGAAGGUGUCGGUUUUAGGCUAUUUAUGAGAGAGUGUCAACCUAGAUUUGAUCCACCAUCUCGUAGAACCAUUGCUAGAGAUGUGUGGGAUCUUUUUCAAGAAGAAAAGGUAAAAAUCAAGAGUGUAUUAAAUCUAAAUUCAAAAAGAGUGUCGCUUACCACGGACACUUGGACUUCCUUGCAAAAUGUGAACUAUAUGGCUUUGACAGCCCAUUUCAUUGAUGAUAGCUGGAAAUUGCAUAAGAAAAUCAUCAAUUUCUAUCAAAUUACAAAUCAUAGAGGUGAGGCUAUUGGGAGACUUGUGGAGGAUUGUUUGCAUGAUUGGGGAAUAGAUAAAGUUUUCACCAUUACACUUGACAAUGCUACGGCUAAUGAUGGGGCCAUUAGGCAUAUGAAGAGGCAAUUGAAGCUUUGGGGCACUCUUUUGCUAGAUGGUGAUUGUUUACAUAUGAGAUGUUGUGCGCAUAUCCUUAAUUUGAUAGUUUUUGAUGGGUUGAGUGAAUUGCAUGACUCAAUUAAGAGUAUUCGCGAAGCUUGUGUAUAUACAAGGUCGUCCCCAUCUAGGUUCAACAAAUUUAGGCAUUGUUUGGCCUUGCAAAAAAUUGACAGUGAAGGUUUAUUACCUUUGAAGUGUAAAACAAGGUGGAACUCAUUAUAUCUUAUGUUAGAAGCUGCCUUAAAGUUGCAAAAAGAGUUUGAUAGGUUGGAAGAGGAGGCGGCAGACUAUGCAUCUUACUUUCAUCAAAGUGGUGGUGAUCAUGAUGAUGGUAUUCCGAAAAAGAAGAAAAGAAAGGUUCAAGAAGGAGAAAUCUGCACUAAAAAAAAGUUGAAGCCUUCAACCGUUGCGGAUUGGGAGUAUGCAAGAGCUUUUGUGAAGUUCUUGAAAAUAUUUUAA